AUGUCCAGCUCCGCCUCCGCACCUCUCCGUUGCAGGACCAUCAACGACGUCAACCUCCCCGCGCCCGCGACAAAGCUCAUCAUCACCCAGCACCUCCAAGCUUCCCGGGACUCUCCAUACUGGGCCUGGAUCAUCGUGGGCGCCUUUUACGACAGUGAAAACAACAUCGUUUGGAGCACCGAGAUCUUUGCGGGUCACCUGGACGUCGAGGUCGACUCUGACGAGGAGAGCGGCGACGGUGAGAGCGUGAGUACUUCGUCUGAGGUUGGGCUGAGUGACUCUGAGGAUACGGAUUCAGCAUCAGACAUCUACUCCUCCGGCUCAGAAGACGAUCUCAACAUUGGCCUCCCUCAUCGAUACCGAGACGAAGCUCCUCCUGCCCCCGAAGUUCGCCAAGUCUACCCUUACUGGUACGAGAGUACGCCGUACGUCGAGCCCUCUGUCGAUUCCUACGCCGCGACCUACGCUCCCCUCCCCGAGACCUACGCUGCUCCCCCCGAGACCUGGGACCCGACGCGUCAAGGGCCAGUACCUGGAUACUGGCAAGCCUCGUUCGAUCCAGAGAUUCGCCGUUGGGUUCAUACCUGGCAGCCCUUGUGUUGA